GCCGCCGCCGCGUGACGCACUUCCUGUUUGUUGUUGGAGAAAGGAGAGAAAGGAAAGCGCGAGGACCGUUGCAGCGCAGCCGCCACCGUCAGCCGCGCCGCAGUGUCGGAGCCUCGGAGCCUCGGUCGCCGCUCCGCCGCGCCUUACGCCGCCGGCUCCCGUGUCCUCGGACUCGUUUCCAACAGCCGGUUAAAACAUGGUGGAUUACUAUGAAGUUCUAGGCGUGCAGAGACAUGCCUCAGCCGAGGAUAUUAAAAAGGCAUACAGGAAACUGGCACUGAAGUGGCAUCCAGAUAAAAAUCCUGAGAAUAAAGAAGAAGCGGAGAGAAAAUUCAAACAAGUAGCCGAGGCGUAUGAGGUGUUGUCGGAUGCUAAAAAACGGGACAUCUAUGACAAAUACGGCAAAGAAGGAUUAAACGGUGGUGGUGGAGGUGGAAGUCAUUUCGACGGUCCGUUUCAGUUUGGCUUCACAUUCCGAAACCCAGAUGAUGUCUUCAGGGAAUUUUUUGGUGGAAGGGACCCGUUUUCAUUCGACUUCUUCGAAGACCCGUUUGAGGACUUCUUUGGGAAUCGAAGGGGCCCCCGCGGAAGCCGGAACCGAGGCACGGGGUCGUUUUUCUCCACCUUCAGUGGAUUUCCCUCUUUUGGAGGGGGAUUUUCUUCUUUUGAUACAGGAUUCACUUCCUUUGGUUCACUAGGUCAUGGGGGCCUCACUUCAUUCUCUUCCACGGCAUUUGGUGGCAGUGGGAUGGGCAACUACAAAUCUAUAUCAACUUCUACUAAAGUGGUUAAUGGCAGAAAAAUCACUACAAAGAGGAUUGUCGAGAAUGGUCAAGAGAGAGUGGAAGUCGAAGAAGACGGCCAGCUGAAGUCCUUGACGAUAAAUGGUGUGGCCGACGAGGACGCCUUCGCGGAGGAGUGCCGGCGACGAGGCCAGCACGCGCUGCCCGGCCAGCCCACCAGCACCAGCGCCCGCCCUCUGAAGUCCCACCGGCCGGCCUCUGUGCCCAAACACACGCCCCAUCCCCCGGGUGAGGGCGAGGACCACCGGGCCGGCAGCAGCUGGGAGCCCCCGGCCGCGUUCCCCGCAGGUGUGCACGGGGUGUCCGCCGCGGAGCCUCCCCGCGGGGCUGCCUCCCGGCCUUCCCGGGGCCCCCGAGGACCGAGAUGGCACCUGUGUUGCUGCGUCCUGGCCUGACGGAUGGGCAGGCGGGUGGGGGGAGGCCGCGUGGAGCCCACAUUAAAGCGGGGUGCCGGUCUCCCACCACGGCAUGCCGUGUGUUGUCGUGGGCAGCAGCUGAGCCCCUUCGUGUAACUUCCAACUUCAUGCUGGGAGUCUGGUCCCGCAGAGCGGCCACCUGCCCAGCCUCUCCUGGGGGCCCUGCGGCUGCAGUCGUGCCUCCCUGCCUUGCUGUUGAAUUACAGGCAGAACCUGACACCCGCUCCCAGGGGUCCUGUGGUCAGGUGGAUGGGUGCUGACCCACCCUCACCCCAGGGGAGGUUUCCCACCUCUGGAUGCAGUGAGGCAGUGAGGCUUCGUGACCCCCUUUCUCCAGACCCCGCUCUGCCCUCUUCCAGCUUCUUGACCUGUAAUUUCUUAGCCCAGAUGGGUCUUUGAAGUGUGUUCCCUGUAGAAAGUUCUGGAUUACUUCUGACGGCAUGGCUGUGCAUGCAGGCGGACCCUGGCUGAGUCUAAAGGCCGAUGUAAAUCUAGUUUGAAUCACUCAUCAGUGUGAAGCGUUUGUGCCCGUCUUGGCUCUCAGCACUGGAAGUCUCCAGGUUGACCACCGCAGGUUACGUGGAGGAAGAGGUGGAUCCUUGGUCCCUUGUUUCAGGGUGAUGUCUCUGUGUACGUUGUGAGGUUAGUUCUGUGAACUUAGGGCAAGAAAGCAUCGUCUGCACAGGGAACUGGAAGGAUGAGGUCUAUCCCUUUCUUCUCCCAGAACUUUCUGUUGGGAGCUCUGUCCCUUCAAUCCCCUUCUGGCCCUUUUCAUGUGGAAAAGGGGGUGUGUGUGUGUCUUGAGGAGGACAGGGGAUUUGUCCCAUCCACCCACCGGAAGGCGGGUGUCCUGGGUUCUGAGCCAGGGUGCAGAGCCCCGCGGGACUGUGCGGACCUGGCCACCGGCUGCCAGGGAGCAGUGCCACCCGAGGCAGAUGGGCCAUUUGGGAACGUUAGCCUCUUCCUGGGUAAUUGAAAGAAAAAUAGAGGUGAUUGGAAGGGCUGUGUGGAUUCAGAAAAAACUUGUUCUGCCUCGAAUGGGCGUGUGGAUGUUCUCCCCAGAUUUAUCGUCACCUCCUGGUCCUGGCCGCUCGUUGGCUGGACUUGGCGAGGGGCAGGGUUGUAGAUGCAGUUUCCCUGAACAAAUACGAUUUGAACAGGGACUUCCCGGGCUGUCCCUUUGGUUGGAAGGUUACCAUAAACCUGGGUGUCUAAACUGGGUGGGAACAUCCCAAUUCCCAAGAGUGAGGCGUGUGGGCUCAGGCCUGCCCGGAGGAGCCUUGUUGAGACAUCUAGCUGGCCUCCUGAACGGGAAGUGGACCUGGGGUCACAGUGAGGCCCGUGCUGCCUCUUGAGCGCCAGAGACCAGGGCUGUGGACGGAAGGAGAGUAGCCACUGCUGGGGAAUCAUGAGAAGAGAAUUCUUCUUUGUGAAAUCUUCUGCUUUGUCAGUUUUUACCAUCAGGUCCCUCCCAGGUGUCAUCUCCAGGUGGGAAAACUGUUGACUUACGAACCCCGCACAUGCUCACACACGAGGGCGAGCAGUGGUCUUGUGCGUUUGCCGAACGCUUCCUGCCCGUGUUCCGCAGCGAUGUCGGGCGGCCAGGUCUCGGCCCGGCAGGUGCUGGGCGCUGCGGAACACACCUCUUUUUUGUGUGUGGUUUGUUUCCUUCUUUCACAUCAAGCUACGAGGCCUUCAAAAGAGUGUCAGAGUGAAUCACCAAAGAAUUAAAGAUAACGCUUUUUACAUGACUAGAGUGAGCUUGUUUGACUUCUUAUCGAGAGACGAUAGAGCUGCUCCGGAGGAAGACUCCAAAACUGGGACAGUGGAAAAGGCUGCUGGGGUAACAGGGCAAAGCUAGGUGCCCAGUGGGUCAGGGCCUCCAGGGAGCAGAGUGAUGGGCCCCUGUCCUACCCCGCCACGCCUGCCCCUCCAGCGGGCACUCUCCGCGUGGUCUGGAGGCUCCCGCGGUCACUUCCUGCCAGGCUUUCACAUUGUGGGCAGCUUUCUUAGAAGGGCUUGGUUCCCUACAAAGUGUCAGGUGCCCCCACUUGGUGCUUCAGCCAUUUGAGCAAUCGCCGGGCUAGGUGCCCCCGGGGCUGGCGGGGUGGGCAGUGGCCUGGCAGGUUCUGAUGAUUUUAGGCUAAAAACGAGCUCUCGCUUGUGAUGCGCUCAGGCCGCAGAACAUGGGCUUCAUUGCUCCUGGGAGCAUCUCCCGUGUUGACGGUGCGGCCCGUGUGGUUCAGGGUCAGGAUGUGGCUGGGGGAGCCUUGGCCCGUCUGCGGGGGGAGUUCUGUGUUCAGCCCGACGGUGCCUUCUUGCCGGCAUUCACUGUGUUGUUAACCUGCUGUGAGACGGGGUGACCGCCCCGGCUUUAUUUCAGAGGACGCGUCGCACGCCUCUCGGAGCCCGUGAAUUAGACGGCGAGAUGUGGAUAAAGGAUUAGUGUUUUUCAUUUAUGGAUUCCACACACGCUGGAGGUCUAUCGAGAAUGUGUAACUGUGAGAAAGGAAAAAUUAUUCAUAGUGAAAAAGAAAUUCACAAAUGAAAGGAUAACAUUGAUCCUUUAACUUCCCAGCUCUGCCCGGUGUGUGCCCGGGGGCCCCUUCUGGCUUAGGAGAUUCAUGAGUGGAGACGGGGCCGGGGCCUGAGUAUGAGGCAGGAGAGAGUCCCGGCGCCCCCGUGGCCCCCUCGGUCGGUCGUCGUGGUCGAGUGUGAAAGGGACAGCUGAGAGGAGCGACUUCUGGCCGGAGCAGCCUGGUCACAGGGACGGGGCUGCCGUGCGCUCGUGGUGGGUUAGCAGGUGUUUCUUUUCCUUCCUUUUGGCUUAUUGUGCAGGUAGCUGAGUCAGGCAGGAGGACGCUGGGCGUGAGGACCUCCAGGGCCCCUGCCACGACCCCGUGUCAGGGCCACUUCCGUACAGCACGUGACCCGGAUGGCUGUGCUGCUGGGAGAGCAGGCAGGACACAGGCCGCAGAGCCCUGGGGACCGCGCCAGCCUCCACCCUCUGCGAGCGGAUUCCAGGGGCGUUUGAGUCAGUGGUGAGGCCGGGAGGCCCCGGCAGCCUCGUUCUGUUGGAGGCAUGUGUGUGUCCUCAGCUUCCCCCCCGCCCCACAGCGGGCAUCGUGAUCAGGUCCCGGUCGGCUGUCAGCGCCCACCUAACUGACCCCCGGGCCCGGCCCACCCAGGGGUGGCGCUGUGUGGACACAUGCGUGUCGUGAACAGACUGGGUCUGGGUUCUGUCUGGAGAGAGACUGUGUUCUAAAAUGGCACCUGCCUCAAUUUAAAAUCUCGAGGAUGCUUUUAUGUACUCUUCUCAGCAGGCUUAGGGGCCCACGUGCAUUAGGUCGCAGGCCUGCAGUGACCCUGGCCUGGUUCUAGGCUGACCGUUCAGAACGAUCCUUUGUUACCAAAUUCAGCAUCCCGCUCCGCCCACAUCUGUGUGGACUAACGCAGCACAAGGUCCUGAGCUGUUUUUGCAGAAAUAACCUGGAGCUCUUCCGGCUCUUUGGACAAAGUCUCAGGAGGGUGAGCAGGUCACACCCACCUCUUUCUCCCCCGGCUUCGGGCAAGCACACAGCACAGGGGAAAAGGUUGGCGUGGGGCAUUGGUUGAGCCCCGGACCGUGUGACAGCUGGGCUUCUCCCUGCAGAGGGGGCCCCGGGGAGGCCCAUCCCCGAGGCAGAGCCUGCCCUGCCUUGUCUCCAGGUGACCUGGGGCGGGGUCGUGGGGACAGAUGAUGGGUUGGCCCGCGGGGCUGGGAUGCUGGUUGGAUCAUGUUAGAGCUUUACAUCUGCCAAGUUUGAAGUCCGUCCAUGUUUUUGUUGAGCCUUAGAUAUGGAGCAGAUAGGAGUGAUGACACAUUACUUUAUCGCGAGGUUGGUUUGUUUUAACCAGGGGGAUAUCUAGAGACACGUUUGCCUCUUAGUGGGGCCGCAGCUGCUCCUCUGCAGUGUUUCACACGCCUGUUUCCUUAGGAUUCAAAGAAGGUGGCAAGAGGAAGAAGCAGAAACAGAGAGAGGAGUUGAAGAAGAAGAAGUCGACCAAGGGCCGCCCGUAGACGGGCCGCAGUGCAGCAGCGGGCGGCCAGCCGAGGGGCUGCACACACGCGCUAGGUGCCGCACCUGCUUGUCCACCGCCCUGAGACCACACCUGCUCGGCGCUGGGGACGCUGGGGGCACACCGGUCAGGGCCUGGGGGGCGGGAGCACGGAGCCGCUGGACCGUCCCUGCUUCUCCAGCUCUGCGGCCGAGGCCACCCCUGCUUGCCUGGUGCACACCUGCGGAGAUGCUUGCAGCUUUGGCCGUGUGGCGCUCCCGACGGCGCGUGCAUGCUCGCGACACGACCUUCGCUCCUCCGCUGAGUGUAUGAAUCUAGACUCAAGCACAGGGUGACGUAAAGGUGACUCCUGACCCCGGGUGACCUUCUCUUCAGUUUCGGGGGAGCCAGACCUUCACUGUGACCUGGCCGCUCGAGGUGUGGAGCCCCCUCACGGUUAUGGUUUUACUUCUAAUCUUCUCGAAUAGCCCGUCUUUCCUUGGAUCCGUAGUUGUUUUGGCAGGGACACAGGAGUCUUCAAAAUUCUGUUCAGUAGUAGCACCUCUGGCUUUUAGGUUAGGCUCAGGCUGGGGGGAAGCAGACGACCCCCUCCCACAUGCAGCUCGUGAGGUACUGAGCACAGGCGCUGAGCCGGGUACGGGCUCCAGCACCGGCUCCUUCAGAAGAAUCGCUUCCCUUGGGCCGGGGUCUCCCAGCUUUCCGCAGCGACUCCUCCACAGGAUCGAGGCCCCCCAACCCCCUCCCCGCCUGCUGUCAGGGCCCCUCCUCUCACUCCCGCACCCGCCUGAGUCCCCUUUCCCUUUGCCCCCGGGCACCGAGGGCAUCGUGAAAAGCUUGGAUGGGAUUCUCAAACGCCAGUAGCUUUCACCCAGCAGUGUUGGGAGCCCGGGCACCGGGGGCAUAGCUUUCAUGGCCGAGCCGCGGGCUUGGGCGGCGGGAGCGAGUGUGGCGCGUGUGAUUCUCGGGUGGCUGUGCAGUUUGCUCCGUGUGCCUGCUUGUGGUGGAAGGUGGUGCGGACUCUGGUGUUGGAUGCUUAGUGUGGACAGUGUAACCGUGAAAGCGUAACGGAUUUUAAGUGCUACCCACGUAAAUAAAGUGUAAGCGUUAUUGACUAACACU